GAUCCACACGCCUGUGGAAUCAGGGACUGAGCCCGAGUCCCCUCCUCUCUCUCCAAAUUUCACAUCUGAGGAAGAAUCCUGAAGAGAUGAGCCCUGGGUGGCCCCGCCCCUGCACUGUGACAUCACAAAGGGGCAGGUGACGUCACCGAGCCCUGGCCCGGCCCUUCCCGGCCCCCUCUGUCCUGACCUCAGCCCUCCUUCUCUGCUUGCGCAACCUCUCCCCAGGGAAAGCAGUCCGCCUCGCCAGCCACCUGCCCAGGCCACCCGCAGCCAUGGAUGUGAAUGGUCCCGAGCCUCCAGGGCCCCUGCCCUCCCCACAGGCGCCUGGGCUCGACCCGCACCCCCGCAGGCUGCCCCCGAGGACUGCCGCCGUGGUGAUCGACAUGGGCACGGGAACCUGCAAGAUGGGCUUCGCCGGGCAGGCCCAACCCGCCUGCACCGUGGCCACGGUCCUGGGCUGCGGGCCCAGGAGCCCGGCCGGCCCCCGGCAGCCGGCGCUGGAGACACUCUUUGGCGAGGCGGCCCGCGCGCGCCCGGAGCUGCGGCUGCUGCAGCCGGUGCGCGCCGGCAUCGUGCAGGACUGGGAGGCAGCCGAGCUGCUCUGGCGCCACGUGCUGGAGCACGACCUGCGCGUGGAUCCCCGCGACCGCCCGCUGCUGUUCUCCGACCCGCCCUUCAGCCCGGCCACCAACCGCGAGCAGCUGGCCGAGACGGCCUUCGAGGCGCUGCGCUGCCCGGCCGCCUUCGUGGCCUCGCAGGCCGUGCUGUCCGUCUACGCCCACGGGCGGGUCAGCGGGCUCGUGGUGGACGCCGGCCACGGCGUCAGCUGCGCGGCGCCGGUCUUCCAAGGCCACACCCUGCCCCACGCCGUGGAGCGCCUGGACCUGGCUGGCAGCCACCUGACCGCCUUCCUGGCCGAGGCGCUUCGGAGCGCGGGCUGGGCGCUCGGGCCACGCGACCUGGACGCCGUGGAGCGCAUCAAGCGCCGCCACUGCUACGUAGCCCCCGACUUCCUGGAGCUGCAGGCCCGGCCCGACGCGCAGAGCCGGCUCUCCGUGCAGCUGCCCGACGGGCGCGCGCUCACGCUGGGCGAGGAGCUGUUCCAGGGCCCGGAGCUGCUCUUCCGCCCCCCGCAGGCCCCGGGGCUGCCGCCCGCCGGCCUCCCCGCCCUGGCCGCGCGCAGCCUGCGCAAGCUGCCCCCGGAGGCGCGGGCGCCCGUGGCCCAGCGCGUGCUGCUCUGCGGGGGCUCCUCGCUCCUCGCGGGUUUCGAGGGCCGCUUCAGGACCGAGCUGCUGCGCUCGCUGCCCCCGGACGUGGAGGCGGAGACGGAGGCGUGCGCUGCAGUGGUGGCCGCCCCUGGCAGGGGCCUGUCGGUGUGGAUCGGGGGCUCCGUCCUGGCCUCGCUGAGCGCCUUCCAGUCCUGCUGGGUCCUGCGGGAGCAGUACGAGGAGCAGGGGCCGCACGUGGUGUACAGCAAGUGCUACUGAGCCCUGGGCAGGAGAGGGGCGGGGUGGGCAGUAAAAGUGCUG